GACGUUACAAAGAUUAACACGAUUUCUACGCAUUAUCGCGAUUUCGCCGUUGUAAAAUGAUCAAGAGACUAAAUAUCUGAUCCAGUAUUCCUGCAGUCGUCAUUUUGUCACAUACUUUUUCAUAAGUAAUAAAGCAGAGUCGGAAAUCGCCGCCGUCUGACAGUGCUUACCAAAAAUGGCGCAAUCGUUGCGGGAUAAGGAUUGCGAAUUCAUUUGCGAACUAAUCACGGAAAUGGUGCACGACCGCUGUUUUUGCGAAAGAGGCUCACGGGAGUUUGUAGAAGUCGAUUCGAUCCGCGUGGACCCUCUCAGUUUCCCAGAUAAGAUACCGGUCAACGAGAUAUACGCAGCCGAAGUUGGCAUCCGGUUCUCUGGUGAGCUCCAGACGUUUCCGGUGGUGAUAAAGCUCCUUCCGAAGACAGCCGAGGUGAUGAACGCCCUGGAGCUCUUCCAGAACGAAGAACUGUUCUACAGCAAGAUAGUGGUCAAGAUCGGUACUCCGAACUUUGCGAAGUGCUACGCAGCCGACAUGGGACGAUAUGGGGGGCCGGUGAUUGUCCUCGAGAACCUGAAGACCCAAGGAUACAGAGAACUGGAAAGAAAGCUCGACGAAGAACACCUCCAGGUCUGGAUAAAGGCGCUCGGAACGUUUCACGGCAAGGGUUUGAAGCUGAAGAGCGAGAGCCCGACCGAGUUUCGUGAGUUUCACGCGAAGCUACUGGAAGCCACUUUCAAUGAGGAGAACAGAACCGACAUGCCGAACGUCUUCCUAAAGACGACCCCCUUCCGGGGACUCAAGUAUCUCAAGUCUCUACCUCAGCCGGACCUCGAGUUUAUCGAAAAAAUCGAUACCAGGCUUGGGACGAAUCCCUACGAAAUCACGAGAGACCUCGCCACCGAGGUCAGCGACUUCUCCACCCUCUGCCACGGCAGUCUGAGCCGAAAAAAUCUACUCUUCAAGUAUGACGAGCAAGGCAAGCCGAUCGACGUGAGACUCAUCGACUGGCAGACGACCAGGUACUCCCCGCCUGGCAUUGACCUGGGCCCCAUCAUAUUCACGAACCUCGAUGCCGAUGAUCGGCUCUCUAAGGUGAACCGGCUUCUCGAGGUUUACUUGGACGCUGUGGAAGCGGAGCUACCAACGGUUUCGAGAAAGGACCUGAGGAGAGACGUCGUUUCAAAGCUACUCUUCGCCUACAACGUCGCGUCCUUCUACGUCCCCUACGUCGACAAGGAUCUGAUUACUCUUGAGAAGAGAGCCACCCUCGAGCAGUUCGUUGAGGCAGUUUGCUCAUUUGGGGGAGAGGAGGCUGAUCAAGAACUCGCCUUGAUAUUGUUGGACCUUAAAGCUCUUGGAACUUUUGAUUAGACUGCAAGUUAUUCUGUGAGAAGCUUGUGGUACAGCGCUUUCAUCUCAGCUGGAGUAUCAGUUUACAAAAUAAGCCGACUGAGACCGAUGCACAUAUUAUCCUCCUUCACUUGCUUGGCAUGAUACAGUAAUUGACAUACGAAAAGCCAACACGAGAUGCCAACGACGAUAUUUACUAGCACGUCCUCAAGAUGAAAUAUCCGUAUCCUCCUAUUUUACGUGGACUCACAGAUAUGUUAAUUAUAAAACAACCUAAUGUUCAAAGAUAGAUCUACUCAAUGAUCAGAGUCAGCCUCAAUUGGU